AAAAUCUGUCACAAGCUGACAAGGCUGAGGGCAGGAAGAUGAGUUUUCGGCCGAUUGCUUUGCGAUGAAUGAUGUAUAUUUAGCCGAGACCUCUGUUUUUAACUUAAUGGCCAGAGACUUCUUUCCCACACACAUAAUGUGAGUGGAUCCAGCGGGCUGGUUAAUAGCUUGAUGCGGUGGAGACUUAACUGUUCCACGGUCUGACAAGAAGCGAGCAAAGCGGAUUCUGGAAGCUGGUGGGAAAGUCGACGGUCACCCGCGGACCUCGGAGGGCUAAUGGCUCGGAGGCUGGGACGGGUAGCUCACCUCGCCCACUUACUCUGCUGCUUGAUUCUGGCUUGUUCCACAGAUAAAGCGGGCAAAGGGCGAGCCAGUAACCUGAAGCCAAAGAUUCACAUGUAUGGCCACAUCACCAAGUAUGAAAUAAUGGUGCCCCAGUGGCUCAGCUCAGAACCUCUGGAAAGUGUUCUGUCUCACAACCAGCAUCCGACAUGGGCAGAGAUCCGGGUCACCGCUGAAGGAAGAGACCAUGUUUUACAGAUCCAGAAAAAUGAGCAGCUGCUGGCACCAAGUUAUGCUGAGACUCACUAUACCCAGGAUGGAGAGGAAAGGACCACUUUCCCUGGCCAUAAGGCACACUGUUUUUACCAUGGCAACGUGAAGGGGUUUGAGCAUUCCGCCGUGGUAUUGAGUACAUGUGGAGGUCUGCGGGGUUUGAUAAUUCUGAACUCAAACAUCAGCUUCUUCGUGGAGCCAAUUGACGACAGCCACAGCCGACAUCUCAUCUAUAGGUCUGAAUACCUGAAGCUGAAAAGUGGGACCUGUGGUCACCAACAGGGUGAGCACAAGGAAAACUGGUUCAAGGAUUUCACUGUCCACCUUCAUCCAAGUUACCAUCGGAGCAAGAGGGAUGUGGUGAAGGAUAUGAAGUAUGUGGAACUUUACUUAGUGGCUGAUUAUGCUGAGUUUCAGAAACAUCACAGGGAUCUUGAGAAAACAAAACAGAAAUUGAAGGAAACGGCUAAUUAUGUUGAUAAGUAUUACAGGUCUCUCAAUAUCAGGAUUGCUCUGGUUCAUCUGGAGGUAUGGACUCACCAGAACAGGUGUGAUGUGAGAGAGAAUCCCUACAGCACCCUCUGGUCCUUUCUAAAAUGGAGGCGACAGGUGUUGACCUGGAAGAAGCAUGAUAAUGCACAGCUCAUCACGGGGAUAACCUUCAAUGGCACUACCAUCGGCUUGGCACCCUUGAUGGGCAUGUGUUCAGAUUAUCAGUCAGGAGGUGUGAAUAUGGAUCACUCUGACAGUGCAGUUGGAGUUGCUGCUACCAUGGCCCAUGAGAUGGGACACAACUUUGGUAUGAGUCAUGACUCUGAUGGCUGCUGUUCAGCUCGUCCAGAGGAUGGAGGGUGUAUCAUGGCAGCAGCCACUGGGGCUCCAUUUCCCAAAGUGUUCAACAAAUGCAAUGAAAAAGAGCUUCAAAAGUACCUGCAUGAAGGUGGAGGGAUGUGCCUUUUCAACAUGCCUGAUGUAAACACUUUGUAUGGAGGCCAAAGGUGUGGGAAUGGCUAUGUAGAGGAAGGCGAGCAAUGUGACUGUGGAGAAGUUGAAGAAUGUACCAACAUUUGUUGCAAUGCUAAUAACUGCACUCUGAAGGUAAAUGCAGAAUGCGCUCAUGGGAUCUGCUGUCAUAAUUGCAAGUUGAAGAGCUCUGGCACAGUGUGCAGGAAGUCAUCAGGACCAUGUGACCUACCUGAGUACUGUUCUGGCACCUCGGAAUUUUGUCCAGCCAACUUUUACCAAAUGGACGGGGUCAGCUGUGAUGGAGGUCAGGCUUAUUGCUACAAUGGGAUGUGCCUGACUUAUGAAAACCAGUGUGUGCUGCUUUGGGGUGCUGGAGCUCGAGUUGCUCCGACAAAAUGUUUUGAAAACGUGAAUGUUGCUGGGGAUACCUAUGGCAACUGUGGCAAAGAUCAUCGGGGAAAUUACCGCAAGUGUGAAACUAGGAAUGCCAAGUGCGGGAAAAUACAGUGUCAAAGUGAUGCUAAGAAGCCGCUUGGGACAAAUGCUGUUGCCAUAGACACCACUAUAGUGGUAAAUGGGAAGAGGGUGCAGUGCAGGGGAACCCAUGUGUACACAACUCCCGAGCUGGAAGGGGACAUGUUGGAUCCAGGACUGGUCAUGACUGGAACAAAGUGCACUGACAACCAUAUCUGUUUUGAAGGACGGUGUCAGAAUGCUUCCUUCCUGGCUGCUGAUGAGUGUGCUGCAAAAUGCCACAAUCACGGGGUCUGUAACAACAACCACAAUUGCCACUGCGAGCCCGGCUGGGCACCACCUUUCUGCAACAAACGGGGCCACGGAGGCAGUGUGGAUGGUGGAGUUGGAAAGCCUGACUAUAACAGUCUGGUUGCAGCAGGAAUUGUGGUGCCAGUCAUUCUGUUGCUGUGUGGCAUUGGAGUCCUUUUGUAUUACUGUUACCAACGGAGAUACAUCUGUCCUCAGGGCAUCAGGAACUCGAGGCCCGAUGCGAAGCAGUUCUGUGGUAUUUCCAACAUGCUGAAGGAUUAUGAACGAUACGUGAAGCAGAACGUGAGCAGUGCAGUUUCAUUCCCCAGUGCUGAUAAUAUAGACCAGAAAACAAACAACAGCCAUUCCAACCCAACCUUCCAAAUCAGAAGCAAAGAUGCAAAGACUGGACAACAGCAGAGCCCUGCCGUGCCUUCAAAACCACGAUUACCUCACUCUGUUCAUACGCAGCAUCCAGGUUUACUAUUACCGACCCUUAGGUCUACCUCUCCAUCCAGCAAUAGCCAGCAGGACUUUAAAAUGACUAGCCCUAGAAUACCAGGAUUUCAAUCUCCAAUAACUGCAAAAGAUGCUAAUGUUAAAUUUUCAAAACAGACUCCUCCGAACAGACCUCUGCCAGCAGAUCCUCUCCCUCGGACUCCAAAGAGUUUACAAAGCCAGUCAGCACUCAGCACUGGUUAUGUUGUUCAGAUGAAUAAGAGACCAGUGUUACCUCCAAGCAGAGAUAAACCACAGGAGAGAAGGAUUGGUUCUAAAACUGGCCCAUACAGAAGGGACCAUCCACAGUCUGUAUAAAGAAACAAAGUCUGGCUUAAGGAGAGACCUUCCUAGAACACCUCAAGAAGCACUUGCACUAUCCAGAUCUCUGCUGUCUUGGAAACUCAUGGUAUCAAUACCGGCAGAACAGUGAAUGUGACGUCCAGUUCAAAGCAGCUGUAAAUACAGGGGAGCCAUUCUUGAAAACCUGCAUGGUUCAAAUUGCAACCCAAAUCUACAUAUCUCAAGUCAUUGUUGGUUGAAUUAAUAUUGUGGGAAUAUUCUCAGAAGUUUGAAAAAUCCCCUUUUUGUCAUUCAGUCUUUCCCUUCCUGGGUUGAAAGCAUCGAUCGCUCCAGCACCAAGUGACAUCCAGACAUUUUUGAAUACCUUGUUCUAGGCGGCUAUUCUUCAGCAUCAGCCCAGAAACAUGAGGAUAAGUAGUUGUUCAGCAUUGGAACUGCUAAUGCCCAAUUUCAACCAUGUGCCACAACCCAGCAGGGAUCAGUGGGUAGCAGCCAGGAUGAAUCUUCUACCCAUUUACAACCAAGGCUAUUUGUAGAUAGAGGUCUAAGCUGUUGCCUUUGGCCUUGAUUCUGAACUCUUUUGAAUGAAAUUAAUGCUAUACAACAAGAGUGAAUAUUUCACUUGCCAGUGAUCCAAAACAAAAUUUAAGUGAACAUUCAUAAAUUGCUAUUCUGGUGGAUUGUAAAAAUGUUGAAAAAUAAUAGGGGUCAAUGUCCGUCAACCACAGACCAGUCAGAUAAACUUCAGAGGUGGGAACUUUUUGGAGACAAUAAAUUGAGACAGAUGUCAUUCACGCUGAUUGAUAUUAUGGGCUACAAAUUAUCAGCAUGUGGAUUUCUUAAACAUAUUAAGGCUGAUGAAUUUGAGUUAGUCGAUGAAUGAUCAGGGAACAGUGACGAAGGCAGUGUUGUUGAUGUAUAAGUGGCCAUACAGAAGGACAAGGCAAAAUAUGAUGUAUAGGAUUUGGUGGAAUGAAAAGGGGAGCAGCAUGGAUCCAAGACUAAAUGAUUACAGAAAGUAAUUGUUAACAAUUGUGUUUCUAUUUACAAACUGAAGGACAGCAUUUAGUAACAAUCCCUAGGGCUCAGUAUCAGAACUAUUACUUUUUUUUAAUUUGUGUUACUGAGCUGUAUCUGGUUAUACAGCAUUGGUAGCCUUGGAGGCUCAAGGCAGAACAAGCUUUUGAAGCAUAAUGUGGGAUCAUUGAUAAUUGUAAUCAAUAUAUUCAGUGCUGAAGUAAGGCUGUUCAUGCUGAAUCUUUAUAGUUACUAGUUAGGCAGUUCAAAGAUUACAUUUACUUCUGGGUUAAAAUUUUUGGGUGGAUGUUGAAAUUUUAAAGAAGUUGCCAAAGAGAUCUAUUAGGAUAGACUUAUGAUUAAGAGAGCAACACACACAAAAUGCUGGAGAAACUCAGCAGGUCAGGCAGUGUCUAUGGUAAAGAGUACAAUUGACGUUUGGGCUGAGACCCUUCGGCAGGAUUAAGAGGUUUCACUUAGGCAGAGAGGCUUCACUUCUAUGGAGAGAGGUUACGUGUGUUCUCUUCAUGGUGGAGAGGGUUAGGGAAGAUUUGGAAGAGUGCCCAAAAUCAUGAACAGUUUUUAAUAGUUCAAUAAGUAGGACACUUUUUUCCUGGUGACAAUUGACAAAACAAUACAGAAAGGAUAUAUUUUGUAUUCAUGAUCUGAUAUGCACUUCUUGAAAGGUUGUAAGCAUAUUUAAAAACAUCUUUCAAAAAAGGAAUUUAAAAAAUACUUGAAAAGAAAUUUGCAACAUAUGAAGAACACACAAGAAAAAAUUGAGGGCAAGCUCAAUGAUGAAAUAAACAGCUAUAGUAAAGUACAAUAUGUCAUAUAAUUUGAUUUAGGCCAUAUGACAGUCACUGGAACUACAAACGAAAAGUGGGCUUAUCUUCCAAAAAAGUAACUGUGGUCAGAUCAAAGAUUGUUUCAAAGAGACCUUAAAUAGGAACCCAUAAACCUUCAAGUUGGUCUUUCCAGUUAGGUUUGAUGGAGACAAUUUAUUUGUUAACUAUUUCUAUGGGUUUUGUGCUGACGUCUGUACUUUUUAUUUAUGUGGCAAGAUUAUCAUGUCUUGGGAAACCCAAUAAUUGGAAAAUGUAAGAAAGGGGAAACUUGCAUGGUAAUUCCAAGUCCGGAUGAUCAAAUGUUUCCUCCAGACCCAAUAAAUUUACCCUUCAGCUACAUCCCUUCCUCACAUAAAAAGUGUAUUAUUGUUGACCCUCCUAAUGUCCAGCCAUCAUUUGGCACCCCUCCUGACCUCCUCUUCUCCCACCUCUUUCUCUCAGUCACCAUCUCCUGUGGACCUUAAUGGCCACCAUAGUUACUCGCACCAUCUUCUGAACCUUACCUCCUGCUACCGCCCCAUCUUUGCAGAACCAUCAGUGGACACCUCAUCCCAGGGAGGUUUGGAUCGUCUGUCACCAUGUUGCCUGCCAUCUAUUAUACACCUUCCUCCACAAUCCCUCCUGCUCCACCUCUCACCCAAGGCUUUGCUGUUUCAGUUCCCUUCCAGACCAGCAUUGAAUUAAUCCAAGGAUUUGGAACCAAUGGAAAACACCUUAAGUGUAAACACAAAGUACACUGCAGAUGCUGCAGUCAAAGCAGCAUGUACAAGCUGGAAGAACUCAGCAGGUCAGGCAGUAUCCAUGGAAACCUUUCCACGGAUGCUGCCCAGCCUGCUGAGUUCCUCCAGCUUGUUGUACGUGUUACCUUAAGUGUGUUUUGUGGUAGGAAGCACGUGAUAUUCUGCACACCCAGUCUCCUGGGUUUUCUGACCUCAAGACAUUCCCCCUUAGCAACACUGAAUGAAUCUCUGUGCUAAAAAUUUUGGAAAAUGCAACUUUUUUAAUGUAUUCUUUCUCAUCAGUUUUCACUCCUGCUCAUCUGUAUCUGCAGUCUAUUGUCUGUUGAGGCCUUGUCACAGAAGCAAUACUCUAAUGAUGUGAGGAAGGAACUUGUGGCUUCAAGCCAAGGUCAACGCCCAUCAGGUCGAACUAUCUGGGUCAAUACCACAGUACUGCACUUAACAAACCUUUUCAGGGGAACUUCAUUAGGGAGCAGGCUAGAUCUUGGUUCUGUGAGCCAUCCAUUAAAAUUGCUGAAGUACCCAUGUUUAAAAUUUUCACCCAUGCUUACAAAGUGUUGGGAUUCAAAUUCAGAGGUUGUCCUAACAGGGGCCACACAAGUUGAUUGAAUGAUAAAGAAAGGACGGGGCAUCCUUGUCUUUAUUGGUAGUGGCAUUGAGUUCAAGAGCCACAAAGUUAUGUUGUAAUGUUAUAAAAGUCUGGUUCGGCCACAUCUGGGGUAUUGUAUUCAUUUCUGGUCAUCCCAUUAUAGGAAGGAUUGGAGGCUUUGGAGAGACUGCAUAAGUGUGUAUAUUACUUUGAUCCAGCAUCAGCAGAUUUUCUCUUGUUUGCAGAGUGGUUUACUAGGAUGCUGUCUGGAUUAGAGGUCAUGUGCUACAAGGAAAAGUUGGACAAACUCUGGCUGUUUUCUCCAGAGUGGCUGAGGGGAGACCUGAUAGAAGUUUAUGAAGGUAUAGAUAGAUGGACAGCUUACGUUUCCCCUCAGAGUCAAAAUAUCUAUUAAUAGAAGGCAUGCAUUUCUACGUGGGAGAGGGUGGACAUUCAAAGACGUACUGGGAAAUUUAUUUUUUAAAUGAGUGGUCAUUGCUGGAAUGGCCUGCCAGGAUUAGUGGUGGAGGCAUUUAUGUUAAGUGUUUAAGGGCUCUUGUGUUGGCACAUAAAUAUACAGAGAAGGAAGGGAUAUGGACCUUGUGCAGAGAGAAAGGAUUAUUUUAAAUGGGCACCAUCAGAUUAAUUAGUUCAGCACAGCAUUGUGAGCCACUGGGUCUGUUCCUGUACUGUACUCUAUGUUCUAAUUCUUGCAAAGCCUCUACUACCCAGCUCUAAAUGCCACCCUGUAACCUUCCUUACCCUUCGUCCCACAUCUAUCUAGACCUCAAAUUCUAGCCUCCUGUACCGUGCCUGACUUUAUGUUUCGUUUGUUUUUACUCUAUCUUUGGUAACUGUGCCUAAGAUGCAAACAUUCCCUUUCUGGAACUCUUCCCCCUCUCAAUGUCUCUCUCCUCUUUUAAACUGCUCUUUAAAAUGAGCACCUUUGAACUUUUAGUACUUUUUCUUGGUGUUGUCAUUUGUGUCUGAUACUUUUGCUGUUGGCAGAGCUACGUAAAUGCCGACUAUUGAUGUUGAAGUCCAGUAGAUUUACUUGAUUCCAAUCUGGUAACAUUGCUGGAUACAUCACUGAGUGAGUUCCCUAAUGAACAUAAAAUCCCUGGCCUUCGUUAGCCAGAUGCAGGGCAAAUAAAUGGUCUGAGUCAAUAAUUGGAGUGAAAAAGGAGUAGUGAUAGGCAGGGGCUCCUGUUCCCUACCAUCAUACAGAGCUUCCCACUAGAAGUAUAUGGCUGUGCCUUGUCACCAUCAUUAAACUUGCUUCACUCCAAUUACAGACCCACACCAUUUACUCUUCCUGCAACAUGCAUAAUUCUGUGGAUCUUCUGCAAACAUCUCUCACCAUCGGCUGUUAUGUUCACUCACAAGACCAUAACCCAAUAAGGGUCAAGUAUAGAGCAGAUCUGACCUUCAACCUUCCAAGAUCUCAGGAGCACCUCUGAACUUGAUUGCCUUACUCUACUACCUCAUUGGAAAGGAGCUGUGCAGAGGGAGUGGGGUUGGCGGUGAUAAGUCAUAUUGUUCUUCCUGCUUGUUCCAUUUGGAAUUUUAAUCUAACAACAAAAGCAAAUGUUUACAUAGAAGUGGGAUGAGAUUUCAGGGAGAUAAAUUAAAUCUCAUUUUAACAGUUUAUAGAUGAUAUGUGGCUUCUGUUUUUGUUUUUCCUAUAUGUGCAUUGCGUGUAACUGGUAAAAAUCCAAGACAGUACUUGAACACCGUAACCUGUGCCUUCACAUUAUUUAUUAAUUUAAUAAAUUUAAUCCUGUGCACUCA